AUGACCUCCAUACCUCAUUCGGUUGAAAAGAUACGAACUGUGGUCAAUACGCAUCAAGGUAUAUUGAAACAGCAUUCAUCGUUACUUUUGAAACUACAGGCCGAACAGUUAGUGAUCAGCACAGCGUUGAAUGAUUUUGAUAUAAAUAUCAAAAUAUUAAGAGACGGACUGUUUAGAGCUUUUAAAAAAUUACACAGUAUUGGUAAAACCUUAUCAAGGCACAGUCGUCAAAUGAUUCGUGAUAAAAUGGAAAAUAGUUUUGUGAAAAUGAAAUUGUCUUUUGAACGUAUUGAGAAGGGAGAUUUAAAUUUGGACUACAUGUCUAUUCGAGAUCAGCAAAAGCUUGUUAACAUCAUUGUUAAAACUGUUAAGACACGAUUGUCAUCUGAGGCUGAAAAUAUGACUGCAUCAGGCUUGGCCAAUCGUUUACUAAUUGGACAGGAAAUACAGUUUAUUCGCAUUGACGAUAGUGACGAAGCAAUAAAACAUAUGGAUAAUGAAACACUUAAGGAAAUAAAAAACUAUAAUAUGUAUGCGAAUGACUCGUUAUUGCCGUAUUUACUUGGAAAUUUUGUCGUAAUUAAUUAUAUUAUGAUUCCAAAAUCCAUCACUUCAAAUGCAGUGCGCUUGUAUAGAUUAGUAAACAUACCACAGUUUCUACCUAAUCAGAACAAAGCACAACAAACAAAAAACUUGCCAGAAACAUUUGGAUUAGCUGCUGAUGGAAGCUUUUAUGAAUUUGGAAGAGAGAAUGAACGUAAUCACAAUAACGAACGUAAUAACGGAAACUGUAUCCGUGGACCAAUUACUUUUUGUAGAGAACAUGUGCUAAAACAUGACAUGAUUAUUAAUAAAUGUUUAGCUGAAAAAAUAAAUAACAAUCACAAUAAUUUCCCAAUUCAGAAAGGCAAAACGGCAUGUGAAACUGAACAAGUGUUGUUAGAUACGCCUUACAGCAGACGUUUAGACAGCAAUUUAUGGAUUUUAUCGACGAAUAAAGAAUUGGACUGCACUAGCUCACAGAAGACACCUGACACUCAAAUUCCUUCAAGUGGUGGUGAAGAUGCUCGUCGUGUUCAUGUGACUGAUAUGGCUAUAUUACGAACAAAUUGUUUCCAAAAGUUUGAUUGUAACGGUUUCACAUUUUACAGCGGAAACCACUGUGAUGACGUGAAAAAGCUAGGCGUAAUAAACCAGCAAGUUUUUUUUGAACAUCGUAUGGAAAUCGCAAUACCAACCCUAGAUAAUAAUAAUGUUUGA